CCCUUACCUCUCCACAACACACAACUUCAGCUUUGAGACAAAGCUAAAACUAAGAACCUCACAAGAGAUACAAAGAAACAGUUAUGGGUUUGGUUACAGAGGAGGUGAGAGCUAAGGCAGAGAUGUACACCGGAGAUGAGAUAUGCAGAGAGAAGACUAAGUGUUUCCUCAAGGAAAUAUCUAUGCCCAAUGGUUUAUUACCAUUGCAGGAUAUAGAAGAGGUUGGGUAUGACAGAGAGUCAGGUGUUGUGUGGCUUAAGCAGAAAAAGAGUAUCACUCACAAGUUCGCAGAGAUUGAUAAGCUUGUCUCCUAUGGAACUGAGGUCACUGCUGUGGUUGAGACCGGGAAGAUCAAGAAGCUCACUGGUGUCAAGGCAAAGGAGCUUCUUAUUUGGGUCACUAUCAACGAGAUCUAUACUGAGGACCCGCCUACCACUGGAAAAAUCACCUUCAAGACACCGACCACACUGUCUAGGACUUUCCCGGUCUCAGCUUUUACAGUCCCAGAAGAGGAACCUGCCAAGGAGGAACCUGCUAAAGAGGAACCUGCCAAGGAGAAGAGCAGUGAAGCCACAGAGGUCAAGGAGGCUGUUGCAAUCAAGGAGGCUGUUGCAGUCAAAGAGGCCUGAUCAAGACCUUAUAAGAGACCAGAAUUCUAAGUGUAUUUGAAGAAUUGGAACAAAUUAUGAAGAGUUUGUGUUUUUCACUGCUUUUAUUCUCAUGUAUUACCAACCACUUGUUUUACCUGUAAUAAGAUGUCACCAUCAUCCUGUUCCACAAAAAUGAUCCGUAAUUAUCUAUAAACUACUCUGAAGCUGGUUUUGUAUGUCAGUUCAAGAA